GGACCUUGACACACACCUCUCUCUCUCUCUCUCUCUCUCUCUCUCUCUCUCUCAUUCUCUAUCUCUUUGCUAUUCAUCUUCUACAAUUUUGUAAAUUAUUCUCUCCCUCUGCUAAAAUAAUAUCUGAGACACUCUUAACUUCGAUCAAGCCUCUCUCUAAGCUUCCAUUUUCAUUUACGAUUUGUUUUCUCUUUUGAGGUAACCAGGUUUGCAGUUUAAGGAACAUUUAAGUAUCCAAUGUCUACGGAAGAGGAGCUACAGAGCAAUGUCUCUGUGGCAAGUUCCUCACCUACUAGCAAUUGCAUCUCCAGAAGCACAGUAGGUGGACUUAAAGAACAUAACUACUUGGGUCUCUCUGAUUGUUCAUCUUCCGUCGGAAGCUCCACUCUCUCCGGCCUUGCGGAUGAUGACAAAGCCACUAUCAGCCUCAAGGCUACAGAGCUGACACUUGGCCUUCCCGGAUCACAAUCUCCUGCCAGAGACACAGAUCUUAACUUAAUGACCCCAGUAAAGCUAGAUGAGAAGCCGUUCUUUCCUUUGCUUCCUUCUAAAGAUGAGAUUUGCUCGUCCUCACAGAAAAACAAUGCCUCAGGAAACAAAAGAGGUUUCUCUGACACAAUGGAUCAGUUUGCUGAAGCUAAGAGUUCUGUGUAUACUGAGAAGAACUGGAUGUUCCCUGAAGUUGCAGCCACUCAGUCUGUAACAAAGAAGGAUGUGCCACAAAGCACGCCUAAAGGACAUUCCAGCACUACAAACAACAGCUCUAGUCCACCUGCUGCCAAGGCACAAAUUGUCGGUUGGCCUCCUGUGAGAUCCUACAGGAAGAACACAUUGGCCACCACUUGUAAGAACAGUGAUGAAGUUGAUGGGAGGCCAGGUGCUGGUGCCCUUUUCGUGAAGGUCAGUAUGGAUGGUGCUCCUUAUCUGAGGAAAGUUGACCUGAGGAGCUACACUAACUACGGGGAGCUUUCUUCAGCCUUAGAGAAAAUGUUCACCACUUUCACUCUUGGUCAAUGUGGUUCUAAUGGAGCUGCUGGGAAGGAUAUGCUUAGUGAGACCAAGCUAAAGGAUCUUUUGAAUGGAAAAGAUUAUGUGCUCACUUAUGAAGACAAGGAUGGAGAUUGGAUGCUUGUUGGAGAUGUUCCGUGGGAGAUGUUUAUUGAUGUCUGCAAGAAGCUGAAGAUAAUGAAAGGUUGUGAUGCCAUUGGGUUAGCUGCAGCUCCGAGAGCAGUGGAGAAAUCCAAGAUGAGAGCUUAAAAAGAUGGAACAUGACCGAAGCUUUCUAAUUAUACAAAAAAAAAUAUGUGCGAUCUUUUGGUGGUGUUUUUUUUAAUUGGGAAACACCGAUAUCUUUUAGUAUCUGAGAUUUGAAAAGCAAAAAGAGAAGUAAGUAAAGACUACGUUUGUAAGGAAAUGAAGAUGAAGAAGAAUUAAAAUGAUCUUAAUUUUUGUUGCUCUAGUUCGAACCAGUAACUGGUCGUUGUUUCGGGUUUUUGGUUUGUUUUGGAUAUGUGUGGUUCGUUGACUUUUUUACAUUUGAAUUAUUAUUAUUUGAUGUAAUGUUUUUGUUUCUUGUCCGAUUUUAACGAUUCGGCUUUGAUUUGAUUUUCGGUUGUUUUUACUGUUUGUAAAACCUGAAUUCGAAUAAAAAACCAACUAGUUUGGUCUGGAUUAAUAAACUUCUGGUUUGAUU